AUUUGCACAAUCAUUGUAUCUCGCAGUACUUUUCCGUACCAUGGGGCGUGAAGUUUGAAGCUACGUAGCUGAUUUUGACAACGAAAUUGUGGAUCCGUCUGCAGCCCAUCGUACUCGACUCAAUCAGCGACAGAUGCUUACCUAAUUCUCCUACUUCCCACUGCAGUGUAGUCACCCAGUAACCACUGCUCACGCGCUCAGGUUGGUUAAUCACCCACAAGAUCGAAGUUAUCAUGCCAGCUGCUCAUAGAGUCACCGAGGGUAGCCCAGUUGCCGCAUUUCUAUCCGAAUAUGCUUCCGACACUGAGGUAUUCGUUAGCCACCUCGACACCACUGAGGUGUCAAGCAGAAAGAAACACUUCCUCCUCAUGCUAGGCGCCAAUCUUGCAUGGUCUUUUCUACUUGCCAAACGCAUAUACGGCGCUCUCUACCGCUACGGCGUCCUGUUUAUCCUUGGGAAAAUAUCACCGAUAUUCAAGGCCCCUCCUCCUGCGGUGAACUGGCCAUUAGCAGGUCAACUGUGCCUUGACAUAUUUCUGUUGUCCGUGUUGCUGCCCUUGAUCAACAACUUCAUCGCCGUCAUAAAGCUACGAUACCGUCAUGGGUUCCCAAAAUCUGAAAUCGUCUUCCGAAAACCUAGUUCAGCGACCGUUGCAAAUAUUCUUUCUCAAUCCCUGGAAAAAAGGGAUUCAUACCUGAAUGACCUUCUGCGUCGUGCCGUCGAUCCCGAUGAAUUCAACCAGCCAACUUGGGGUAUGCCUUGGGAUGAGUGGACCAUAGACUUCCGGGCGAUGGCGGUUGCGGACGAGGCGGAGAAAAAGGGUCUGAUCUCUAGAGAUGCAUGGGAGCUAAGCGUAUGGAUGAAGAUGAAGGAAGGUUGGACCGUAAUCGAGCACGGGAAAGUCAGUAACCCCUUGAGCCAAGCUGGUAUGAUGGAAAAGCUUCAACGCAAACUCACUGCCAUGGGCAAGCGACAUGUGUUUACUCAGAUGAUGGAAGUCAUUCAGGUCAAGACCGUCGCGAAAGAUGGAACUCCGAUGCCUGUCACUGAGGAAGUGGACACAAUUAUUGCAGACAUCUUUCGCCGGAAUGAGGUGGAUUUUGCGCAGUUGACCAGCGAAUUGGCUACAGAAACUCCCCGUUUCGCAGCCAACUCGUCAAAGAAGACGAAGUAGACAUGCUAUAUUCUAAAUAUUUAGAACGUUACAGGUACUAUAUCUGAAUUACCACGACAAGUAAAAAUAUCUCUGUUUCUUCGCUUAUCACAGGAUGUUCGUAUCGGUUAAGUGGCGCUCUCCUGAGCACGUUGGUAUUGUGUCACCUGGUCUAGGUUAUUCUUAUCCGU